AUGGGAUUCGGCACCGUGUCCACCCUCGGCCUCGUCGCUCUGGUCGCCUUUUUCGCGGGCCCAAUAAGCCAUUUCAUGCAAAUUGCAGGAGUCUUUCUCACUCCCAACUCGACAGUGCUAGGCGAAGGCCAGGGCCCAAUCUACAUCGAAGAUACCAUCCACUGCGAGGAUGUGCACCACUACCGCCCGGCGAACCUGCUGUUCACUGCCUGCGAGGACAACAAGAGCACACGGUUUAGCUGGUUCCCGCCGAUAGGCAACUUGCUACCACUCACGACCCAAGGCUCUAUCCAUGUCGUGAAUCCCAAGACUAUGAAAUCAACUCGUCUGGCAUUCGAGAACUUCCGAGGCCCCUUCCUGACACAUGGAAUCGAUGUCAUUAGGGAUCCCGAGCAGUCAGACGCAGUCUACAUCUACGCCGUCAACCAUUUGCCUAAUCUGGCAUACUUUGAAGCCGGCGAGCCCAAAGGCGUCCCCAAAUCCCAGUCUCAGAUUGAGCUCUUCCACUACAUCCUAAACUCCGAUUCCAUCCGUCAUGUACGCUCAAUCAACCACCCGCUCAUCAAAACCCCCAACGACAUCUACGCCAUCAGCCCGGUCUCUUUCUACGUCACCAACGACCACUUCCACCGCGACGGGCCCAUGCGGCUCAUCGAGGCCGUCUGGCGCUCAGCCAAGUGGUCUAACAUCAUCCACGUGCAGAUCGCCGAUCUGACAAGCAAAGACGCUCCUAUCGAAGCCUCCGUCGCACUGACAGGUCUAUGGAAUAACAAUGGUCUUGGGCACGGCCGCACUGACAACGAAAUCAUUAUUUCCAGCGCUAUGGGUGGUGAGGUCUUCCUCGCAACCCGACACAAGUCGAACCACUCUAUCUCCAUCGAUACCUCGGUCUCCGUUAGUGCUCUCGCGGAUAACCCGUCCUAUUACGAUGAUCCAUACCGCACGGACUCCCAUGAUGCAAGCGGAUAUCUUGUGGCCGGUGUCUCGCAUGCUAUUCGCAUGGUGGGUCAUUCUAAGGAUCCAAAUGAUGUGAUUCCGAUCCCAGUCCAGGUGUGGUAUAUGACUCUCAAUUCGCAUACUGGGGUCUGGGAGAAAAAGGUCCUGUUUGAGGAUGAUGGGUCCAGGAUUAGCACUGCGAGUGCGGCGGUACUGGUGCCCAUUCAGCCGAAGGCUGGCAAGAAGCUUGCAUGGCUCUUUGUUACUGGGUUCAUGUCGGAGAGUAUGGUGGCUGUACAGGUUGAGCUGUAG